UUCCGUUUCCGCCUAUGACGUACCCGGAAGUAGAGCAACGGCCCCCCGGAGCGACCGACGACCAUCAGGACAGCGCUGAAUAAAGGGUGAAUCCACACCAGAGGCGAAUCCGAUGAUAAACAGCCCGUUAACGAGCUCCAGACCCGCCGUUGAGAGAUCACAACAUCAGCGCAGGGUGUCCGGACGGUCCGUGGCUCCUUGACGGUCUGUGGCUCUGUGACGGUCUGGCCUCCUUGCGUGUCGUGUCCCAUCCUGCUGACCACUUGUGCCCGUCCCGUCCCGACCCCAGCCAGGCUCCUCCUCCAGAUCGCCGUGACCGUGGAUGGAAGUGGCGGUGUCGGGAGACAUGGGACCGGAGAGAAUCUUGCCAAACUCGGAGGACGACCUGGGUCAGGAGCGGCCGUCGGACGGAGCAGUUCACGACGUGGUGGGGGUGGGCGGGGAGUGGAGCGGGGAGGACGGCGAUGAGGAGGAGGACGGAGGAGAGGGAGGCGUCGAGGAAGAGGAGGAGAACGCAGGGUACUACUACCAGCCGUUGAACCAGGACCCUGAGGGGCCGAACGGCCUGGAGGCAGGUGACCCCCACGCCGAGCAGAUACUCGAGGUCCAGGACCGGAUAGAGGCGAUGGGCCUGCACCUGCCCCCCCCUCCCGACAGUGAUGAGGAGGCGGAGCCAGAGGGGGAGGUGGCCGAGCGAAGCCACGCCUCCAUCCCCAUGGACCAAGACCAUGUGGAGCUGGUGAAGAGGACCAUGGCCGCCAUCGCCCUUCCCACCCUGGGGGUCCCUGCCUGGGCCCAGGCCAUCUCCGACGACCAGUGGACCCACAUGGUCCAGCACACCCUGCACACCCACCAGAGCAGCUCCGCCCUCCGCGGCCUGCCGGACGGGGACCCCGACCUGGACCCGGACCUGGACUGAACUAUGAACCCCCCCCCCCCCCCCCCCCCCUCCCCUUACCGGACUGUGACCUCCGUGUGACCUCGGCUAGGAACCCCGCUGACCACUCGGAGAGAAGACCCAGCAUGUCGGGGAACCACCUGUGUUUAGAACCAGUUCGACUCCAGUUUAAACCAGUUCAGCUCCGGUUUUAAGCAGGUCGCAGCUGUUUCAACCAAUCCAAUUCCGAUAAGGUUUAGACCGUAUCAAGUCUGAGCUGGUUUGAACCGGUUGAAACCGCGUAUUCAACCAGUUUUAACCAGGGCUGCAAAAACCAGUUUAGACUGGCAUGGAUCCUGUUUAAACUAGUUUGCUGUUGUGCCACUGAAGCCCCUGUGAGCUCUAGGUGUUCCCAGUGUGUUGGUGUGUAGUGAUGUGCGUCCUGUCCUCUGACCCAGCAGCUCUGUGGUUAGGCUGUUUAAAUAAAGUUUUAUUGAGUGAACCUGACAAAAACUGGACCCUUAACAGUAAACUUGCAGAACUCAUCCAGAGUGGUCGGACAGAUGUCGUCAUGGUGAUGUUAGGAUGGUUGAAAUCCGACCAAUCAUAUGAUCCCGACCUGGCGCCGCCCAGUCAGAGGUCCGGGUCCAGGAGGUAUCUGCUGCUCUUCCCGCCCUUUAACCAACCAAUCCCAUAACCGAUCCGUCUCUGAACCAAUCAGAACCCUUGGUUCCCUCCCCCCUCUCUGUCUCCUACAUUCCACCCAGACGCUUCUGUGAGUUACAUUUGAUUGUUUUUAACUUUGUUCCUUUUUAUUGUCAAUACAGUACAACUAAUCAAUACAAUGCCGUCGUCAAUACUCUGAGGAGGAGCAGGAGGAGGAAGCGACAGCGCGGCGACGUCAGCCCUCCUCUUAAUUCAGCUCCUCCGUACAAAAGCUUCCUCUGCGUGUGAUGCUCUACUCUAUUAAAGGACUCUGAUGUA